AUUCAAACAGCAGUCUCUUCCGAGAGAGGAAGGUACACAUCUAUCAGCACUUUUUAUGUGGUAGUAAAAAAAACGGCGUACUUAGUUGGAAGCAGUAAAGAGGAGGAACCAGAUAAUCUAAUUAUGCAAAGAAAUUGAUUGUGAUUGGCUGCAGCUGUCUGGUACCCAGAAAGAGUCAGAAGAAUGGAAAGGGGGAUGUUGUGUGCAGCGAAAUAUUGUAGGAUCUGUUGUUUGUACAGGAAUAUGGUACGUCAAUGACUGGGCUUUGUGCCCCGCUACUACACCUAGUCAUGAGAGCCACGUUUCGGAUAUAAGAUGGACAGUGGAGUAUGAUUCACACAGGUGAUAUUGUUCCAGGUGACACACACUGAUUGGCUUGACAGUGAUAACAGAGGUUGUCUGUUGAUCCUCAGUCCUCCUGAUUGGAACUGAUGUGCUUUCAAUUGACGGGUCAUUAUGCUGCUGCACCUGUGCAGUGUUAAGAACUUGUACCAAAACAGGUUUCUAGGCGUGGCAGCUAUGGCAUCACCAUCCAGGAGUUCUCAGAACAGACGUCGAUGUAAAGAGCCAAUGCGAUAUAGCUACAACCCUGAGCAGUUUCAUAAUGUUGGUGUCCGGAAUCAAACCCAUGAAGCCAUCACCAUGCCAAGGUCUAACAGUGACACAGACCUAGUUACCUCAGAUAGCCGCUCAACGCUGAUGGUCAGCAAUUCUUACUAUGCCAUUGGGCAGUCUCAGAACAUUGUAAUUUGUUGGGACAUUAAAGAAGAGGUAGAUGCCGGAGACUGGAUCGGAAUGUAUCUUGUAGAUGAGGUGCUUUCUGAAAACUUUCUGGACUAUAAGAACCGAGGUGUCAAUGGAUCCCACAAAGGUCAGAUUGUCUGGAAAAUUGAUGCCAGCUCUUACUUUGUGGAACCUGAAACGAAAAUCAGCUUUAAGUAUUAUCACGGAGUGAGUGGAGCUCUACGGGCCACAACUCCCAGUGUGACUGUGAAAAACCCCUCUGCUGCUGUCUUUAAACCCAUCACCAGUGAAGAAGUGGCACAGAGUCAGGGGAGUCGAAGACUGAUCAGUUUUUCUCUGUCAGAUUUUCAAGCUGUGGGACUGAAAAAGGGAAUGUUCUUCAAUCCAGACCCUUACCUGAAGAUAGCCAUCCAGCCUGGGAAACACAGCAUCUUCCCAGCUUUGCCUCACCACGGACAAGAGAAGAGAUCUGGGAUAGUCUACAACACCAUCAACCCUGUCUGGCAAAGACAGCUGUUCAGUUUCGUCUCUGUGCCCACGGAUGUGUUGGAGAUUGAAGUGAAGGACAAGUUUGCCAAAAGCCGGCCGAUCAUAAAACGCUUCCUGGGAAAGCUCUCUAUGCCAGUGCAGAGGCUCCUGGAGAGACAUGCUAUAGGGGACAGAGUCUUAAGCUACACCCUGGGCAGGAGGCUGCCAACAGAUCAUGUCAGUGGGCAGCUGCAGUUCAGAUUCGAGAUAACAUCUUCCAUUCAUCAAGAUGAUGAAGAGGUCUCAGUCAGCACUGAACCUGAAACAGCAGCUGCCCAGGAGGCUCAAGAGGACUUGGAUGCAGAUCCUUGCUGCGAACCCCAAGUGGCUCAUAGCAUCAGCAUGGAGCCUGCAGCACCAGAGCAGAUAAAUGGAUGUUAUGAAGCCUCUUUAAAUACAGGUUCCAGCAGUCCUGAGGCAGCAACUUCAAUGAAGGAAAUCAGCCAUCUGGCUGUUAGUGAAGUCCAGAGUGAAGAAAAGGAAGAAAGUGAACCAAAAGUAGAAGAGACAGGUAUUCUUAGGGAUCCUACACCAAAUGAAGAGCAACCACCGUCAGACCCUCAAACAGUAUCAGAAGACCCACAUGUAUGUGUCAGCUUACAGGUGGAAAAUGAAACAGAUGAAGGUAAUACUCAAGGAGAAGAAUUGGGGGAAGCCCCUUCCGAAGCACCAGCUGAUGUGGACCACUUAGACAGCACACUAAGCGAGGCAACAGGCGAGGACAAAGGGGCAUCGUUUGAACCAAUGGGAGGCACUUUGGAGCAGGAAGAGGAAGAGGAUGAGAGCAGCUCACUGCGGAUGAGGACAGCUCUAAAACGGAAAAACAGACCUUGCUCACUACCCGUCUCUGAACUAGAGACAGUCAUAGCCUCUGCCUGCGGGGAACCAGAAACACCGCGCACUCACUACAUCCGCAUUCACCAUUUGCUUCACAGUUUGCCCUCGGCCCAAAUGAGCGACUAUACUGAGGAGGACACUGCCAAUCCUGAUUCAGAGGAUGUGACACUCAAGCCAAUGGAAGAGAAGAACCUAACAGAUCCAGCAGAAGAUAGUUCCUCUGAGACUCAGUCCCACAACAUCACGUUGGACUCAGACAAUUGUGGACGAAGGACUUUACCCCGCAGCUUGUCCAUUGAGCGCCUCUCAGAUUUGAACCAGCUGCUGGAAAGUGAGCAGCCAAGGAUGAAGAGUGAGAGCGAUUCAAGUCUGAGGCCGACAGGGGAGAAUGACUGUGACAUGUGUGACACCUCCUGUUACAGCACCUCUUGCUACAGCACGUCUUGUUACAGCACCUCCUGCUACAGCAACUCGGGCUACGAGGGCGCCAACCGCUACUCAAGCCAUACCCGUUUCUCUUCGUUGGACAGCGCUCGCAUUUCCGAGAGCACCGUCUUUUCCUCGCAAGACGAUGAAGAAGAAGAGAACAGUGCCUUUGAAUCAGUUCCUGAUUCAGCGCAGAGCCUGGACCCCAAUGAUCGGGAGGCAGGUGACAGCACCACCCAGUGGCCAGACCAGACUGCGCAAGAUGGGAGUCCACAGAGUAACACUGAAAGUAGCGAAUCUCCAGUGGCAGGACCAAGUAACAGAACGGAAGGCAAUUGUCCCUUGCCAUCCAGUCAUCCACCAGUCAGCCAACUACCUGCUUUGCGACCUGAUCCUCACCAUUACCCAACGAUUGAUGAACUGUUGCCACCAAAUUGGGAAGCGAGAAUUGACAGCCAUGGAAGAGUGUUUUACGUGGAUCAUAUAAACCGAACCACCACCUGGAAACAGCCCACAACAGCAGCCACCCAAGAUGGGAUCCGACGGUCAAGUUCUGUACAUCAAAUGGAGCAGCUGAACAGGAGGUACCAGAACAUUCAGAGGACCAUUGCAACAGAGAGAACGGAGGAUGAGGCAAGCAGUCAGAGCAGCGAAAGAUCAGGGACAAGUGAAACGGAUUCAGAUUUCCUGCUGCAAACCACAGAAACAAGAAGAGAAGGGCCCUUGUCUCCUGUCAACAGUCAGAAGAUCACCCUGUUACUGCAGUCCCCAGCUGUCAAGUUUAUCACACACCCCGAGUUCUUCACAGUGCUCCAUGCAAACUAUACUGCCUAUCGCAUGUUUACGAGCAGUACUUGCCUGAAGCACAUGAUUCUGAAGAUCCGCAGGGAUGCUCGCAACUUUGAGCGCUAUCAGCACAACAGGGACCUGGUGACAUUCCUCAACAAGUUUGCUGACACUCAGCUGGAGCUGCCACGGGGCUGGGAGAUCAAAACUGACCAGCAAGGCAAGUCCUUUUUUGUUGACCACAACAGUCGAGCCACAACCUUCAUUGAUCCCAGAAUUCCUCUUCAAAAUGGCCGCUUGCCAAAUCAUUUGACACACAGGCAGCAUCUGCAGAGACUUCGCAGUUACAGUGCUGGAGAGGCAUCCGAUGUAUCCAGAAGUCGAGGGGCAUCUUUGUUAGCAAGACCUGGCAAUACCCUGGUAGCGGCAAUCAGGAACCAAUAUCACCAUGAUGCAGUACCAUUAGGCUAUAAUGACAAGAUAGUAGCUUUCCUUCGCCAACCCAACAUUUUUGAGAUGCUUCAGGAGAGACAGCCAAGCCUGACCAGAAACCAUGCACUGAGGGAGAAGAUUCAUUACAUAAGAACAGAAGGCACUCACGGAGUAGAAAAGUUAUCGUGUGAUGCAGACCUGGUCAUUUUGUUAAGCCUCUUUGAAGAAGAGAUCAUGUCGUACGUCCCGCCACAUUCCUCAUUUCAUGCCGGCUUCAGCUUCUCUCCCCGUUGCUCUCCUGGGUCCUCACCUCAGAACUCCCCAGGAUUGCAGAGAGCUAGUGCCAGGGCCCCUGCACCGUACCGCAGAGAUUUUGAAGCCAAGCUCCGCAACUUUUAUAGAAAGCUGGAGGCAAAGGGCUAUGGACAAGGGCCAGGAAAAAUCAAAUUGAUUAUCCGUCGAGAUCACCUGCUGGAGGGCACUUUUAAUCAGGUGAUGGCCUACUCACGCAAGGAACUCCAGCGAAACAAGCUCUAUGUCUCAUUCGUGGGUGAGGAAGGCUUGGACUACAGUGGACCCUCAAGAGAAUUCUUCUUCCUGCUUUCCCAAGAACUCUUCAACCCCUACUAUGGCUUGUUUGAGUACUCAGCCAAUGACACGUACACAGUGCAGAUCAGCCCCAUGUCAGCAUUCGUCGAAAAUCAUCUGGAAUGGUUCAGGUUCAGUGGCCGUAUCCUUGGCCUGGCGCUGAUUCACCAGUACCUGCUGGAUGCUUUCUUCACAAGACCUUUCUACAAGGCUCUGCUGAGGCUACCGUGUGACCUGAGUGAUCUAGAGUACCUGGAUGAGGAGUUCCAUCAGAGUUUACAGUGGAUGAAGGACAAUGACAUCACUGACAUCCUGGACCUAACCUUUACUGUAAAUGAGGAGGUGUUUGGACAGGUUACAGAAAGGGAGUUAAAGUCUGGUGGUGCCAAUCUGCAAGUGUCAGAGAAAAACAAAAAGGAGUACAUCGAGCGAAUGGGGAAAUGGCGAGUGGAACGAGGAGUGGUUCAGCAGACAGAAGCUUUGGUUAGAGGCUUCUAUGAGGUUGUGGAUUCAAGGCUAGUGUCGGUUUUUGAUGCCAGGGAACUGGAGCUCGUUAUAGCCGGCACUGCUGAGAUUGAUUUGAAUGACUGGCGAAAUAACACUGAGUACCGGGGAGGUUACCAUGAUGGUCACAUUGUAAUCCGGUGGUUCUGGGGAACGGUGGAGCGUUUUAACAACGAGCAGAGGCUGCGGCUGCUGCAGUUUGUCACCGGCACCUCCAGUGUACCCUACGAGGGGUUUGCCGCCCUCAGAGGAAGUAAUGGACUCAGGAGAUUCUGCAUAGAGAAGUGGGGCAAAAUUACUUCUCUUCCCAGGGCACACACGUGUUUCAACCGCCUUGAUCUCCCUCCCUAUCCAUCCUACACAAUGCUGUAUGAGAAGCUGCUGAUUGCUGUGGAGGAAACCAGCACGUUUGGGCUGGAGUGAAGACCAGAGACUGAUGUCCAAUUCAAUGGUUGCUGACAUUACCCUUUUCAUAUUAUUUCAUUUUAAGAAGACAAUAUCGUCUCUUUUAUUUUUUAUUUUCUAAAUAAAUAUGUAAAUAUAUACAAGGAUAUGCAUGUAUUAAUCACCUGAUAUAAUGUAUCCGCCCUGGGGGCUUGCAAAAACCAACUUUAAAGUUGUAUAUGCAAUAGGAAAUAACUGUCUCCAGCCUUCUCAAAGCUUUGAGGUAACCACCAUCGAUACAACCACACAGGUUUUACUGCAAAGCAAACAUAGCUGUCCUUCACCGUCCCCUUCAUUACACCAGAACAAUGCAAGCAUUGACAUGAAAACCAUUGUGUUCUGCCUCUCAACGUGACCCACCAUUCAAACACCCCACACUGUCCACCAUUGCCCAUCCCUGACCAACCCAUUGUUGCACCACACUUACUUCUGAAGACUAUGGAAGAAUGUUUUGCAGAUUGACUGCAGAAAAAAAAAAUACUGUGGAAUUAUUUUGUACAUUACAUUUAAGAAAUGUCUGAUUUCUUUUAUGGAAGUUUUUUUUUGUUUUAAAAAAACUAUUGCUUUACACACCUUUCAGUCACGUCAGCCAAAACCUUCUGUGGAAGUAAAACACCAAGAGAUCAUGUUACUCAUGAGAGUAUAUGUACCCUUUCUACCAUGCAAUGAAGUGGCCUGUAGCUUGCGCUUCAGCAGUCCAGAAGACAUCUUUAUGUUUGUUGCAGUAGAAGCACAAGCUCUACAAAUCCAUCUCAUUGUCAAACAUUAUGGACAAAUGUGUAUGUCUGAUAAUAAUGUUACAAUUUGGUUAUUAGGAUUUAUUUUAUUUAUUUAUUUAUGUAUUUACUUCCUUUUCCUGCAAAUGACUGAAAAUUCUUAUUAAAUAUCAGAAGCCAUUUUUUAUUAUUUAUUACAGCCAGGGCUGUAGAUUUUAAUUUUAAUUUUUAGUGAUGGGUUCUGAGUUCAUACCUUCGUAGUGGCUACAGAGUUUAACAGUUAAAGGACUAGAGAUCCUGCUGAAAUAAAAAGAUGGGUUGAGCAAGCCUAAUUUUCUUUUUAGUAACAUAUCCCAAAUUAGUUAAUAAUCAAUUGAAAAGGUGGCAGAUAUAAUUGUGUACUACGAUAUAAAAGCAAAUAUAUCAGAAGGACACCUUGCACUUCGGUGUGCCACCAUUUACAUCAGCCUAAUGUACAGCUUUCUAGGACUGGCUACACUGUAAGGUAAAAAGAUGGAGGCCCAAUUACUGUACAUAAUGCAGCUUAAAAGGGCUAAAGUUUGCUCAAAGAAGACAAUUUAGUUGUAAGGGAAUCUCCAAUUGAAUAAUGCUGUCUUAAGUCUACAGAAGGCCAUUGAAGCAAAGAUAAAUGGGUUCAAGAGGGAGAUUGAUGUGUUCUUCAGAAUGAUUGAAUAGAUCUGGGGAGAAAGCAGGAGCAGGUCUUUCACUAUUAAUACAAUUUCAUUAGUCCUUAUAAAGUUGGCCAAAUGACCUCUUAUGCCUCCACAGACCAGGGAAUGCAAAAAAAGAAAUGCUUCUCUAGCCAGGGAAAUGCAACUUGAGGAAAUUGACCUCUUAAACCUUACUGAACACACGUGGGACUUACAUAGGAAGUGUCAAGUUUGAUUUCUGAUGUUCAAACUUUUUGGCAGUAGAGUGUUUCCACCACAAAUAAUCAGUUUUCCUCUUUAAAAACAAAAUAACUAAAAUCCAUUAUCGGUUUUAAAAAAUAAACAACUUUAAAAUCAGUUAAAACAUUACCAAAUGUUAAUGUAUCCUUAAUUAAGAAAAAACAAAACACUAUCUAUUACUCAUGAAUGAAAAUAGCAAACAAAGAAUAAUAGUUUUUGGGGUUUUGAUUUUUUUUUUAUCUCCCUUUAGUGUACAGCAGCUAUUUUUAGAUUUCAACCUGUUCAGUUUUAUUUAACUUUAGUACCCUCAGCAGGCCAUUCUUGUAUUCCAUGUGGUGAUGCCAGACAGACUAGAGGCUGGCUGGUGUCCGGGCCUAGGUGAAAACUGUAUUGUGUUUUCUGAAUACUGUAAUUGGAAUAAUUGUUUUGUAAAUUAUGUAACAAAGAAAUUGACAUUCUAUAGGAAAAAAAACUGAAUAAUUUAAUGUUGGGGUUAUCAUUAAUUCUAUGUUGGUUUACCCUACAAUGUUAAAAAGUAUGUUGUUCUGCAAAAAAAGCUUUCAUCUGCAUUCAGAGGUGAAAUGUCAAGAAAAGUCAGAAGAAAAUGACUUCAGAAAAAAAAAAUCCUUCUAACACUAGCUACAGUUGUUUGGCUAUUUGACAGUUUAUAAAUCUGUAAACGCAAACGUUUAUGAACCAAGAAUAUAGAUUAUGCACAGAUAUUUAAUGAAUCCAUUGCCAUAUCUGCUCGUUUGUGGCAUUGAAAAUGAGGGCAUAUGGGAAUCUGGGAUAUGGCAUCUUGGAGCCACGUAACACAAUGACAAGAAGGUGUCCGAAUAGUUCCAAUAUAAUGUAAAAAAACAAAAACAUCCAAACUGAAUAUAAAAUAUCCACCCAAACUCGUUGACAUCGAGUUUUUGUUGUAUUUAUUUAUUUAGUUAUUCAUUUAUCUGUUCUGUUCAUGUGUUUGUUUUCUACUGAUAUUAUCCUUUCACACACAAUUCCCACAUGUAAAUAACAGGAAGAAUAUUAAUCAAGUUCAAUCAAGUUCCUGCAGAGCUGUUGUAGAAUGUAAUGUAGAAGUGUUUUUUAAAUUUUUUUAUUGAAGUUGUGUUUAGAAGAUAUCCCAACAGGAGGAUGCUGGUCCUUUUCCCAUCCCCUUUUCACCUGCAUUGUGUGUAAACCAUGUCUAGAUAAAGUACUGUUUUCAGAAGAACUGGGCGCAAAAUGAGCUUCAGGUUCAGUGUUAAACAACAUAUUUAAAUUGACUUGCAGAUUUACACAUUUGAUUUUUUUAUGAGAUUACUCCCGCUGGUCUCUUAACAAGGGUGAACUCAUGUAAUGGCUGAUUUGCUUUGUUUUAAUAACAGGUCACUUAAUUCUCAGGCUGUGCUUUCUAUUUAAUCAUAUCACUGUAGAGGAAUGUCAAUAAACUAUCACUUUGUUAUGCA